AUGUCAGGGCGCAAAGAUUUUCUAAGCCAGCCGGCGCCCGAGAAUUAUGUUGCUGGACUUGGCCGCGGUGCAACUGGAUUCACCACGCGGUCCGACCUUGGCCCAGCUCGAGAGGGCCCUACGCCAGAGCAGAUACAGGAAGCUCUGGCAAAGCGGGCUGCAUUGCUAGGAACUGCGCCUCCGACUGCAUAUGGUGCUUCGACACGAGGAGAGAAAGGUGGAAAAGCUGAAAAGGAGGAAGAAGAUGAUGACCGAUAUCAAGACCCGGAGGAUGAAACCGGCCUUUUCGCCUAUGGCCAGUAUGACCGGGAUGACGAUGAGGCUGAUCAAGUAUACCAGGCCGUCGAUGAGAAAAUGGACAAAAGGCGCAAAGCAAGAAGGGAAGCUCGAGAACGUCAAGAAAUGGAAGAAUACGAGAGUAAAAACCCGAAAAUUCAGCAACAGUUUGCGGACCUCAAGCGGUCAUUAGCCUCGGUCUCUGAUGAGGAUUGGGCGAAUAUCCCCGAAGUUGGAGAUCUCACAGGCAAGAACCGGCGGGCCAGGCAAAAUCUACGCCAAAGGUUUUACGCGGUACCAGACAGCGUCAUAGCAAAUGCGAGAGAUUCAACGGAAUUUACUACCACCAUCAACGACGAUGGAACAGAGUCGCACAUUCCCCGAGGCGAAAAUGCUGAUGGCACAAUUACCAAUUUCGCAGAUAUAGGCGCGGCGAGAGAUAAGGUGCUUCAAGUUAGGCUGGAUCAAGCAGCCGAAGGGUCGAGCGGAGAUGUUGCGUCUGGCAGUGCAUCGUCAAUCGAUCCGAAGGGUUACUUGACGAGUUUGACGAAAUCUGAGAUGAAGGCCGGUGAGGUAGAGAUUGGAGAUAUUAAACGUGUACGCACGCUUCUAGAGUCAGUGACAAAAACCAAUCCAAAGCACUCUCCCGGAUGGAUCGCCAUUGCUCGUCUAGAGGAGAUCGCAGGCCGAAUUGGAGCAGCGAGAAAUUAUAUCGCCAGGGGUUGUGAACUUUGUCCAAAAAGUGAGGAUGUCUGGUUAGAGAAUAUCCGACUCAACGACAAUCAUAAUGCCAAAAUUAUCGCCGCGAACGCUAUUAAAAACAACGACCGUUCAACGAGGCUCUGGAUCGAGGCAAUGAAGCUCGAAUCUGACUCUCGAGCAAAAAAGAACGUCUUGAGACAGGCUAUUCUCCAUGUCCCUCAAUCCGUUACUAUCUGGAAGGAGGCCGUCAACCUAGAAGAGAACCCUGAUGAUGCACGUCUCUUACUCGCCAAAGCAACUGAAAUGAUCCCGCUCUCCGUAGAGCUAUGGCUGGCGUUAGCGCGUUUAGAAACACCUGAGAACGCCCAAAAGGUCCUCAACGCAGCCCGAAAGGCCGUACCUACUAGCCGUGAUAUUUGGAUUGCUGCAGCUCGGCUACAAGAGCAAAUGGGAACAGCACACAAAGUGAACGUAAUGAAAAGAGCCGUCCAGUCUCUGGCUAGAGAUUCAGCCAUGCCAAAAAGAGAGGAGUGGAUCGGUGAGGCGGAAAAAUGCGAGGAGGAGGAUGCAAUCCUUACCUGCAAUGCUAUUAUUAGGGAAACAUUGGGAUGGGGCCUCGAUGAGGACGAUGACAGGAAGGAUAUCUGGAUGGAAGAUGCCAAAGGGAGUAUUGCAAGGGGAAAAUAUGAAACUGCGAGGGCUAUAUAUGCUUAUGCACUCCGCAUUUUUGUCAACAAGAAGUCAGUAUGGCUCGCUGCUGCUGACCUAGAACGGAACCAUGGCACCAAAGAAAGCCUCUGGCAACUUCUGGAAAAGGGCGUUGAAGCUUGCCCCCAAUGUGAAGACUUGUGGAUGCAGCUAGCCAAAGAGAAAUGGCAAGCUGGCGAGAUUGAUAACACGCGGCGGAGCGUGGCAUAUGAGCGCCAGCUCGGCAACAAGGACCACGCAUUGGAUCUAGUCAAUCAGGGCCUACAGCUGUAUCCCAAAGCCGACAAACUCUGGAUGCUUAAAGGGCAGAUAUAUGAGAGUGAUGGGCAACUUCAACAGGCACGCGAAGCAUAUGGCACAGGGACUCGUGCUUGUCCGAAAUCAGUGCCUCUUUGGCUACUUGCUUCAAGACUAGAAGAGAAAGCUGGCGUUGUUGUAAAGGCACGAUCUGUACUUGAUCGUGCUCGACUUGCUGUACCCAAAAAUGCGGAACUUUGGACAGAGAGCGUCAGGGUAGAACGCCGGGCAAACAAUAUCGGCCAGGCAAAGUCCCUUAUGUCGAAGGCCCUUCAAGAAGUCCCUAAUUCAGGGCUUCUAUGGAGCGAAAGCAUAUGGCACCUUGAGCCUCGUACACACCGGAAACCUCGAAGUUUAGAGGCCAUCAAGAAGGUGGACAAUGAUCCCAUCUUGUUUGUUACCGUUGCCCGCAUAUUUUGGGGUGAAAGACGGCUAGAGAAAGCUAUGACUUGGUUUGAGAAGGCCAUUGUAGCGAAUAGUGAUCUCGGGGAUGUUUGGGCCUGGUACUAUAAAUUUCUUCUCCAACACGGAACAGAUGAAAAGCGAGAGGAUGUCCUUACGAAAUGUAUUGCCACUGAGCCGAAGCAUGGAGAGAUCUGGCAAACAGUGAGCAAAGAUCCCGCCAAUGCCCAUAAAACCACCGAAGAGAUUUUGAAAAUUACCUUGAACCGCCUAGAAUAA